AUGAAACGGGCUGUGUCACGUCUAGUCGUGUCGGUGGCUAUCGGCAUCGGCGUCGUCGACUUUGUUCUGCUGGUGCUGGUUGUCGUUCGCAGGCCGUACACCGAGAUCGACUGGAUCGCAUACAUGGAACAAGUGAAACAAGCAUUUGAAAACAACGAACGGGACUAUGCACGAAUUCAUGGUCGCACGGGACCACUUGUAUACCCAGCUGGCUUUCUCUGGAUCUAUUACCUGCUUUACCGCUGGACCAAUGGAGGAACUUUGCGCACUCGAGCGCAGGUCGCGUUUGCUGCGCUGCACGCACUCGGAGUAGCCCUGACUUGCGCAGUGUACCAGAUAGCUACGCUGGACUUGGACAUGGAGAGAGACCGCCCGUCAGUCGCGAAACCUCAGCGGAGUGCUCGCUUCCUGGCGCCAACAAGCAUCGGCCUGAUCGCUGCGCUUCUUGUCGCGCUGAGCUCCCGCCGAGUGGCCUCGAUUUUCGUGCUUCGUCUGUUUAAUGAUGGUGUAGAGAGCGUUCUCAUGCAGGCUAGUGUGCUGUUCUUCGUCAUUGCGCGUUCGCGCUCGCACAGCGGCCAACACAUACGCCACCAAUGGCUCAUGGAUGUGAUCGCCUGCCUUCUCUACUCUAUGGCCGUGAGUGUGAAAAUGAACGCCCUUCUCUAUGCCCCUGCAGUGCUUGUGCUGCUCUGGGAAGCACACGGUUUCCUUCAAACACUUAUCUACCUAGUUGGGGUCUGCGGCUCAUGGCAGCUGGUAAUUGGGUGGCGUUUCUUACGCCAACAUCCCUGGAGUUAUCUCCGCAAGGCAUUCGAGUUUGGACGCGUGUUCGACCAGCGCUGGAGUGUAAAUUUUGCCUGCCUGCCAGAACAUGUAUUCGUUCAUCCGUGUUGGGCGGCCCUGUUAUUGACGCUUCAUGUGCUAGCAUUGGCUCUCUUCGGUGUUCGCGCUGGUGUACCGCUGUGGUUGCGAUGUCGUCCAUCAGAGAAUGCUGAAUCUCGGGUGAACGCGUUUCGCACAGCGCUACUGCUGUGGUCAAGCAAUUUGAUCGGCAUGGCUUUUGCUCGAUCGCUGCAUUACCAGUUCCUUGCAUGGGUCUGGUGGUCGUCGCCCUUUAUCGCUCUCGCCGACUGGAUGAUGGCAGUAGAGCUGUUUCGACCGCGAGUCGACUUGAUGGCUAUAGGCUGGCGCCUGGUGCCGGUCUUGCUCAUCGAACUCGUGUUCAACCGAUACCCGCCAAAGUGCUGGGCUAGCGUCGUGCUGCAUAUCGCGCACGCCUGUCUCCUGGUUCGCGUGUGGGCCACCGUGGCACGCUGGCGCAGGCGUGACGAGCAAACCCCGCAGCGUCGCCCAGUCUAUGGACAGCCGAGGCCGGGCAUGGACGAUGAACGGCAAUCAAUGUACGUUCCCGAGCGAGCCGCAGCAGAACGGAGGCAGCGACCUGGAGUUGCAGCCACCAAGUAG